AUGCUUCAAGUGGAGAGUUGGCUGCUUGACAUCGAGGAAGGUGGUGGCAAGGUUGACUCCAUCCCGGACGAGUUCCAUGACGUGAUCGUCAUGGCUGGGCACGAGCUCUAUCUAACAUCAGACGCCCUCACGCCCGAGCUUCUCACUCCUCUCGUCUCGAAGCUAUUCACACAGAAGCAGUACGGUUUCACUGCCGCCGACUUCAAUGUUGCCGCUUCAAAGUUUCCCGCCGGCCUGCAGAUUCGUUGCUGGGAAGCGAACGACCUCGAGAAGUACUUCCCUGCCGAUCGGAUAGCCGAUCUCAAGGCGCGCCGCGUCGAUCGCGAACGCGCACGCGAGGAGUGCGAGCACAUGCUCUUCGCCAUGUCGGACGCGGACAAGACGGCUCUGCUCGAGGGCAAGCUGGACGACAUUCCUGGGCAGAAGAAGCAGGAGGCCAAGGAACGCGAGGAAAAGCAGAAGGCCGAGGUCAAGGCCAAGCAGGCUCAGAUGUUUGGCUCUUUCUUCAAGCCGAAAGCUCCGGCCGCACCAAGUAGUCCGCGCAAGCCAAUUUCGGAUGAGAGCGACUACCGCCGCGCAUUCCGGCCAGCGCCGCAGCGUGCGAACGUCGAGAUCGCUCCUGUCAACCGGUGGUCACCCCUGGACAGCACCGAUAACAUCGACGUCUCGUCAUGGACUGCAAGGGACUUUAUCAACGACCAUCUCCGACGGAACAAGGUCGCUGCGGGUUCCACGCGGCCAAAGCUUUCCCAGGGACUGAAGACUGCACCUCGUCAUGGAACGGUUGCCGACGUCUGGGCCGCUCACCAGGAAGCUGCAGACCCACAAGCUGUGCUGGGCCAGCUCGCGGAUAACGAAAAAUUCCCGUGGAAGACCCUUGCCUUUGACCAGCAGGUGCGACCACCGUACUCGGGAACGUUCACGAAGAAGUCACUUGUUGUCGGUCCUCGUACGCCGUUUGGCCAGGACCCGAUAUUCGACUACUCAUACGAUUCUGGCGAUGAGUGGCAGGACGACGAGGGUGGUGAUGACGUCGACGACUUCGGAGAAGGAGAACCGGAGGAGGCCAUGUCUGACGACGGGGAGGAAGGAGAGUUCGACGACUGGCUCGAUGACUCGGACGAUCUGCUCUUCCAGCAAGAUACAGACGUUCCGAUGCUGUCCCCCACCGAGACUUCGCCGCGCAAGCUCAGCAAGGAGAAGAAGGAGGAAAGGAAGAAGCCUCGCCAGCUCGUGCCGAAGCGUGUCACAAAGCUGACCCCGUACUGGCGCGGUCCUGUUUGGGAGCAGAAGAUUGCGGAGCCGAUGGACGGGCUGGAGGAGUAUCGUAUCCAGCUCUUGAACGACACGCCUGCUUCCAUCGACCCAUUCAAGUAUGUUGCUCCGGAUCCGGCACCUCGCUACAAGCCGUCGUUCUCGGAUACGGCCGUCGGCGUGCACAUCAAGGUGCGAUGCCUUCUGGGCACCCAUGAGGUUGCUGCUGCGGCACCCGAGCCUCCUGCAAAAAUGCCUCUCGGCGACGCAUCGGCGACCACCAACGUACUUCAGCCCAAGUCACGCCCUGCACCCAAGGUUGCCUUCCCUUCGUCGCACAUCGCUGAGCUGCUGCGUCUCGUCGAUGGCUCGCCAAAGAUCCUGUCGGAUCUCAUCAGCUAUCUCAAGUCGCACUUUGACGACAUUACGACGAAGGCCGCAAUUGACGCCAAGAUUCGCGAGGUGGCGACGCGCGAGGGCAAGGGCAAGGAGAUGCGCUGGCGCGUAACGAAGGAGGCAUGGGAGGCCGCCGGGCUGACACCGCCGGCGCACGGGCUGAUGGCCAGCUUCGGCAAGUAG